AGAGAGGGGAGACCUGUGCACCGCUGUGCUGCACUGUGCUUAGAUGUCCCUGGUUCACUCCUGAGGCUGUACCAUUCUUGCCCUUAUUACCAGGCCAGCAUCCAGGCCGCCACCCUGCCUGGCACUGACGGCUGUCUGGCCUCCCCGAGGGUCCCUGCAGGACUGGACGUGGCGUGUGCUGGCGGGAGUGGUGCUGCGGUGGAGAUCGUGAGGCCGGGCAGCAGCAUGAGCGGCCGGUGGCGGCGGCAACAGCAGCAGCAGCAGCAGCAGCAGCAGCAGCAGCAGCCAGCCUCAGGUGUGGGGAGGCGCAGGUGUGGUGGCAAGAAUCACCUGGAGGCAGGCAGCUCUGUCCACAGAGGAGAGAGCAAGUUUGAGUGCCAGCAGUGUGACAAAACUUUUGUAUCCAGACAAGGCCUUAAGUACCACACCCUGACACACAGUGGUGUUAGAAAUUAUGAGUGUGGUGAGUGUGGCAGGAAAUUUACCCAAAAGUGUCACCUCUCUAAACAUACCCUGACACACAGUGGUGUUAGAAAUUAUGAGUGUGGCGAGUGUAGCAAGAAAUUUACAAGUAAGUCUAACCUCAACACACACACCCUGACACACAGUGGUGGUAGAAAUUAUGAGUGUGAUGAGUGUGGGAAGAAAUUUAUCCGCAAGUCUCACCUCACCACACACACCCUGACACACAGUGGUGUUAGAAAUUAUGAGUGUGAUGAGUGUGGGAAGAAAUUUACCCACAAGGGUAGCCUCACCACACACACUCUGACACACAGUGGUGUUAGAAAUUAUGAGUGUGGUGAGUGUGGGAAAAGAUUUACCACCAUUUCUCGUCUCAAUCAACACGCCUUCAGACACACUGGGGUGAGGGAGUUCGAGUGUGAUGUUUGUGGCAAGUGUUUCAAGACAAAGGCUGAUAUUGCCAAGCACGUGAAGAUCCACUUCUGAGGUGGUGGUGUGUGGACACAUGGGGCCACACCUGUACCUGUGGUGGUGGUGGUGGUGGUGGUGGUGGUGGUGGCCGUGCCUGUGUGUGCUGUGAGGGAGUCAUGACCACAGCAGUUUUGUGUGGUGGUGGUGGUGGUGGUGGUGGUGUGGGGGAGUCAUUGCCCCAGCAGUUUUGUGUGGUGGUGGUGGUGGUGGUAGUGGUGUGGGGGAGUCAUGGCCCCAGCAGUUUUGUGUGGUGGUGGUGGUGGUGGUAGUGGUGUGGGGGAGUCAUGGCCCCAGCAGUUUUGUGUGGUGCUGGUGGUGGUGUGGGGGAGUCAUGGCCCCAGCAUUUGUUUUGUUGGCAGUGCAGGUGUGACUUUCAAUAAAUGUGUGUGUGCAGUAAACCUUUGUUUGUGUAUUCACCAGGUGUAGUAUACAGGGCCUCAGAUACAGGAAUAUAUUGUAGUGAGGCAGCCCCUCUCUCUCCUUGCCUCAAGUGUUUGUGUAUUCACCAGGUGUAGUAUACAGGGCCUCAGCUACAGGAAUAUAUUGUAGUGAGGCAGCCCCUCUC